CUAACAUAUAAAUUUCCACUAACUUGCCUUUUUUUUCUUUUCUGCUUUUUUUGUAGAUUCUUAUGAAUUGCACAUUGGGAAAUGAUCAAAGUUACGCCAUGAAAUUGGAAAAAUAAAUUGUUAAUUAGUUAAUUUCUUUGAUGCUCUCUUGUUGCUCUCUCAUCAUGGUUAACACUCGAUCUUUCCGAGCUAGAAAUCAGGCUCAACCUCUUGGACAAGGUCGAAGUCAAUCCCCCAACAACCUUCCACCUUACCUCCCACCUCCGAUCCCAGAUCUAUUCCCUCCUAUUGACCAACCAGAAGGAGGAGAUGAAAACCAACCUCACAACUCAACUCACAACUCAGCUUCCACUGCUAAUCAAGAUGUAGUUACAGCUCAGCUUGCUGCCAUGGAAGGAGAAUCUCUUAAGAAUUACAUGAGCCGGUUCAACGAUGCAGUCCUUGAAGUCAGCUCAUUUAACGAAGCCGUGGGAAUUGCAGCUGUAAUUCAAGGUCUCCAACACGAGAGAUUCAGAGAUAGCUUAAUCAAGCAUCCUGCUGCUACUUUUAAUGAAGUCAAUGACAGAUCGUUGAAAUUCAUAACCGUUGAGGAAUAUGCCCUAUCACAGAAACCAAUUCUUCCCAAAAACCAAAACCUAGAUUGGAGAGAUGAAGGGAGUGCACCAGACAUUAUGUACUUUCAUUGUUUUGAGAGUCUUAAGCUGGAUCCAGCUUUGUUGCAAAGGUAUGAUGGUCCCAUCUAUGGAUUCAAUAACCAACCUGUUCAGGUAGAAGGAGUCCUCACUCUCAACGUUGCUUUCGGGAGUGGCCGAACUUAUGUUACCCCUUCAAUUCGGUUUCUAGUUGUGAAAAUGUCAUCCUCUUUCAAUGCUGUUAUUGGACGACCCACGUUAACCGAGAUCCAAGCUGUGAUCUCUCAAUCUCACCUCUGGAUGAAGUUCCCAACUCCCAUAGGGAUAGCAACAUUACAAGCAGACAUGCUAGGGAUCCCAACCUCGGUUAUAAAAGAAGAGGUAGAGAAGCUCCUACAAACUGGUUUCGUUAGAAGAGUUGAUUACUGCGAAUGGGUGGCUAACCCGGUGUUGGUCAAAAAGGCAAAUGGUAAAUGGCGAAUGUGCAUCGACUACACAAAUCUCAACCAAGCUUGUCCCAAGGACUACUAUCCGAUGCCAAGCAUUGACAAACUGGUUGAAGCAGCUUCUGGAAAUGAGAGAUUAAGUCUCUUGGAUGCAUAUUUUGGUUACCACCAGGUGCCAAUGGCUCUGGAGGAUGAAGAGAAAUCCUCGUUCUAUGUUGUGAUGAAAUUUAUUGCUAUGUCAUGAUGCCAUUUGGCUUAAAGAACGCGGGUGCCACUUACCAGAAAAUGGUGACCAUUGUCUUCCGAGCUCAGAUUCGCAAGAAUCUAGAAGUUUAUGUCGAUGAUAUUGUGGUGAAGAGCUUAAAGGCAGAGGAUCACCUAGCCAACCUUGAUGAAACAUUUAAUAACCUCAGGAAGAACAG